AUCUUCCAAAGUUGAAUUCCCGUUCCCUAGCCAACCGGAGCUGAAUCAUUAUAGUCAAAUCAUUAUAUACUCCGGCGAACGACCACCUUCACCGGCGGCCGAUGGCUUCUACAUUAUUCUCCCACCUAAAAUACUCCGACAGCUUAACGGUGGUCGCAAUUUCAAUCUUCACCGCCGUAGUCUGCGAAGCUAUCUCGUGGCUACUAAUCUACCGCACCAGCUCCUACAAGUCUCUCAAAUCCACCAUAGACAAGGCCUCCAAAAAGCUCGAAACCAUGAAAACCCCUAACGGCACCAGUGAACUCACUAAGAAAUCAAAAACCAAGAAAAUCGACCGCGUCGAGACCUCCUUGAAGGAAUCCAGCCGCGAUUUGUCUCUAUUUAAGUUCAAAUCCGGCGCUGUCGUCGCGGUCGUUUUAUUUAUGGUUUUCGGAUUGUUGAAUACUUUGUUCGAAGGGAAACCCGUUGCGAAAUUGCCGUUUGUUCCCUUGCGGAUUGUUCAGAAGAUGAGUCAUCGUGGCUUGUCCGGGGACGACAUGACUGAUUGUUCGAUGGCCUUUUUGUAUUUUCUUUGCUCGAUUAGUAUUAGGACUAACCUUCAGAAGUUCUUAGGUUUUUCGCCGCCACGCGGAGCUGCUGGUGCUGGCCUUUUCCCCAUGCCCGAUCCCAAAACCAGCUGAUUGAUCUGAUCCAUCCGCCAAAAAGCUCCUAGUUUUGUCUUUGGAUUAGCUGAAUUCUAAAGACGGCUGUAGGAAAUUCCAUCACCUUCUAUUUUUUUUGCGGGUAAGAAGUUUUGAAGCUUGCGAGCUUGAAUGUUUAAAGACUGAGAAUUGAAAGUACAGAUCUUUCCAAUUGCAGUUUUGGCUACUUAUAAUAUUUCUGUGUGAAGUUGUAAGUAUUAUAUUGCCAUGAAUAAAGAACAAUCAUGGCAUCAAUUUUGAAACAGAGAGUUAUAUUACA